AUUAAACGUUAGCAAGGGAAAUGUUAGAAAUCAAAAAUAGAAUUAAAUUAGCACAAAUACGCGAAGGGAUUUAACCAUAUAAAAAGCAAAACAAAUAAAUUUCCUAUAAAUUAUUUAAGCAGCCUAAAAGUAUGCAAAGUUUUCUUUAAUUAAGUGUUAAUAUUUUACUGUUAAAUGUUCGAAAACUGUUAAAAUGAAAAUCAAUUUUUAUAGCGCCCACCAGUAGUGAAAAUUUGUGCAUUUGUUUAUAAAACAAAAAGUAAAGAUAUUUUUGCAGUGAAAAAAAACAACAACUUUGUGUAAAUUUUUGUAAAUUUGUUGAUUUCAGAAUUUUCUUUUCUUCAUAAAUGCAACAUACGCGUUUUGAUCAUGACCGACUAAAGAACAAUUGUGAGCAACAAAGACAAAAUUUAAAAAAAUAAAAAAACAAAAUUUGUGCUAAUUAUUUUUUAUUGUGAGAAAAAUAAAAGAAAAUUUAAACUGAAUAAGGAAAAUCGCCAAUUAGACAAAAAAAAAAUUGUGUUAAAAAUACUAUAGCUGUGAUAUAAUUUUUGAAAAAAUUUCAAAAACUUUUUAGCAAAUUGUGCAAUUUUAUUCUAAAUUUAAUAAAAAAUUACAACAUUUUUUAAACAUUUGAUCUCAGUUGAACAUUUAAUUAGCUUAACGCCAAACAUGAAUAGAAAAUGUUUGCACUGGAGCUAUUUAAAUUUCAGGGACAUUCCCAUGGACUUGUAUUUGUACGAAGAUCUCGAAGAGGUUUAUCUUAAGGAAAACUAUAUCUGUGCCAUACCCAAAUGGUUUUUGAACUUAACCACCUUGAAAUUUAUACACUUGGCCGGUAAUAACAUCACUACACUGCCCGAUGAAUUGUAUCUGUUGGAAAAUCUUGAAUUUCUCGAUGUUUCGAAUAAUCAAAUAACUGAGUUACCAGAAUCAAUGGGUUAUAUGACGAAAUUGUUACACCUGAAUGUCAGCUCAAAUGAUUUGACCGAGUUGCCAAGUACCAUUACCUAUAUGAAAAAUCUAGAAUCUUUAAAUGUUUCCAAAAAUCGUUUAAAACGUUUGCCCUUACAAAUUUGGGAGUGUGGCCGACUAAAUGAGCUGAAUAUCAGUGAUAAUAUAGAAAUAUGGCAUAUACCGGAGAGAAUCUCCUACAUGCAAUCAUUACAAAUGUUAUCAGCGGAUCGUUGUUCCUUACUUUAUUUGCCCGUGGCUUUGGCUAAAUUUAUAGACUAUUUGAGAAUUUUUAAUAAUUCCGCCAUUACACACAUACCCAUUAUCUAUGAGAAAUUCUAUCAAAAUUAUUAUGAAACACCCACAAAAACGCCAACUGUACCUGUUACGCACGAUGAUUUCUUUUGGGUUAUCGAAAAGGAAACCUUCACCAAACUUCUACUGCCUAUCGGUACAAAGAAAGUUUUUCGUGUACCCUCUAAAGAGAAUCAAGUGACUCUCUAUGAUGACUGCCUAAAAGCUUUAGAAUACUUAAAUAAACUUUCGCCAUUUUAUGAAAAUCCUGCAUUGAAAUAUAUACUGCCGGAAAGGUAUAUGGUAGAUCAUAUACGUAAUGGACCCAUAGGCAGGUGUACGGUAUUUAAAUGUUCAAAUCCACUGUUUACCACCUACUAUUUUAUGGUGGUUAAAAGACGUGCCAGCCGAUCUAAACAAUUGUUUACUUGUUAUUUUUGUACUCAAUACUGCGCCAAUUUAUGGUUAAUGGAUAAUCAUAAAAAGUACUAUUGUGUGGAUUGGGAGGUUUGUGAUGAUUACAUUGAUGAAAAAUUAAAGAAUCAAUCAUCAUAAUUAGGUUAAAUUUUUAGUUUAUAGUUAGAAACCAACAUUACAGUACAAUUAUAUUUAUUAAAAUUUAUAAAUAAAUAGAUAA